AUGGUUCAGUUGGACUACACUGUUAAAAAACCGCUGAACAGAGAGCCAGAUCUCGAGAAGCUGGUCUCAAGUUUCAUUACUACGUCAGGGGGAUAUGAUCGCAAUCAUGGACCCAUACCACAUCUCGACGCCGCUACCCACCGUGUUGACGUAUAUGGGCUUGUUAAGACCGACCUAUCCUUAUCAAUCGAUGACUUGAAAUCUCUCCCACAGCAUUCCGUCAUAUGUGCUCUCCAAUGUGCAGGAAAUCGUCGGCACACCAUGCGUGUGAAGCUGAAAGAAGUCAACGGCAUCGACUGGUUCGACGGCGCCGUUAUGAAUUGUAAAUGGAGGGGACCUCUGCUCAAGGACGUCUUGGAGCUGGCCAGAAUUGACGUUAAGAAGGACAAGUGGAAAGACGCCCACGUCGCUUUUGCAUGUUUCCAGACCCCCUGUCAGGACGAUGAGUAUUAUGGCGCUUCGAUCCCGCUCGAGCGAGCAAUGGACCCGGACAGCAGCAUUCUGGUAGCGCUCGAGAUGAACGGGAAGCCGCUCCCGCCGAACCAUGGCGCGCCCGUUCGCAUAGUGACGCCAGGAAUUGCUGGUGCCAGAUCCGUCAAGUGGCUUGAUCGUAUCACGGUUCAGAUGAGCGAGAGUUCGAAUUACUACCAGCAGCAUGAUUACAAGAUUCUGCCACCCGAGGCGGAUUGCAAAGAGAAGGCAGAGAGUUGGUGGGGAAAGGUACCGGCGAUCCAGGAUAUGCCGGUCAAUUCUGUGAUAGCGGUGCCGAAGAAAGAUUCAAAAGUCAAGCUGGACGAGAAUGAAUGCAUCGAGGUCAAGGGUUAUGCUUUGCCCUCCGGAGCUGAAGGACCCAUUGCCAAAGUCGAGGUUUCCGCCGACGGAGGGAAUACCUGGACUAAUGCUGAGCUGCUAUCGUCCGACCCUUUGAAUGAGAAGGGCGCAGACUUGAAGUGGGCGUGGACUUUGUGGAGGGCAACUGUGAAGAUUGAGAAGGGCCGUGACAAGACUAUCUUGAGUCGCGCCACCGACGCUGGUGGGAAUUCGCAGUGCGUGUGCCCGGAAUGGAAUUUUAGAGGCGUAGCCUAUAAUGGUUAUGGAGAGGUGACUGGUGUUGAAGUUAUUUGAGCGGCAGGCAUUCUGAUAUGACUCUGGUUGGGUCACG